AUGGCGGUCGUAGGUUCAUCCGGCGUAGGGGCCUCGCAUUCUUCUUUCCCCUCUGCAAAUGGAUGGAUAGGGGACGAGCAAGACAUCCAAGAAACGCUUGCUCGGGUUUCCGUGUGCAACUUAAAUCAGUGGGCGCUCGACUUCGAAGGGAAUCUCAAACGCGUUGUCAAAAGCAUCGAACUGGCAAAGGCUGCUGGAUCCAAGCUCCGAGUCGGUUCCGAGUUGGAGGUGCCGGGCUACGGCUGCGAGGAUCACUUUCUAGAAACCGAUACUAUCACGCACUCAUGGGAGUGUGUCGCCGAACUUCUGGCGUCGGACCUAACAGACGGCAUCUUGUGCGACAUCGGUGUCCCUGCUGCCCACAAAUCUCUAACCUACAAUUGUCGUGUGUGGAUCCUCAACCGGCGUAUUCUGCUCGUGCGUCCGAAGAUGGUGAUGGCCGAUGACUUGAACUACCGCGAGUCUCGCUACUUUGCAAGAUGGGACAGACCCGUCGGGGCACCUCUGGAGGAAUUCAGAGUCCCACUGUGUGUUUCCAAGGUGACAGGACAAACCACAGCGCCCUUUGGAGUGGCAAUUCUGGAGUGCCUGAACACAUCUGUGGCGAGCGAGAGCUGCGAAGAGUUGUGGUCGCCGAUUCCACCGCAUAUCUCGCUGUAUCUGGACGGCGGCGUUGAAAUUAUUUGCAACGGAAAUGGCUCGCACUACGAAAUGCAGAAGCUCGCCCGCCGCUACCAGCUGCUGCGUCAGAGCACCGCGCACGGAGGCGUUUACAUGUACAGCAACCAGAUAGGGUGCGACGGCGGCCGUCUGUACUUUGACGGCUCCGCAAUGAUUUGCGUGAACGGCGAGUUCGUGGGUUUGGGGAAGCAGUUCAGUUUGGACGAAGUCGAGGUCGUGACGUCGACAAUCGAUCUGUCUGAGGUCCGUUCUCAUCGCGGCGCCUCUGCCACACGCGCGCAGCAGCAGCGCGCUGUCCCGUACCCGACCGUGCAGGUCCCCUUGUCGCUGUCUCCGUCUCCGCCACCUGUUGUGUUCUCUUCGCUGUUUCUCUCUGGCUGCGUCUCCUGCGCCCCGCCCUCUUCGUUUGUAGGGAAACGCGAAGCCCAAGAGGGGCCAGAUUGUCGGAGCACGAUGGACGAGACCGGCUCCGCCGCAGCGCCUCUGGACAUCCAGUUCGGGUGGACAACACCGUCGCCUGUCAUUGUGCCGAAGCUGCUUUCGAGGGAGGAGGAAAUAGCUUGGGGGCCCGCGUGCUGGCUGUGGGACUACCUGCGUCGUUCGGGGGCGGGGGGCUUCUUCUUGCCACUCUCCGGCGGCGCGGACUCCUCGGCCGUGGCGACCCUCGUCGCCUUCAUGUGCCGGCUGGUGAUGACCAGCAUCGAGCAAGGAAACGCCGCCGUGCUCGCAGAGCUCGAGCGGAUCCUAGGCAAACGUCGAGACCGAGACUCGGACUUCCCGGCAGACGCCAACGAGCUCUGCCACCAGAUCCUCCACACGUGCUACAUGGCGACGACGCACUCGAGCGAGCAGACGCGGCAGCUCGCGGGACAGCUCGCCAGCCAGAUCGGGUCUUAUCACCUCGCCCUGACCAUCGACACCAUCACAGCGGCGUUCACCUCGGUGUUGUCCUCCGAGACUGGCCUCGUGCCGCGUUUCGCCUCCCAAGGUGGGUCCAUGACGGAGGACCUGGCCCUGCAAAACAUCCAGGCGCGCAGCCGCAUGGUCCUUGCCUACUUCAUGGCGCAGCUCCUGCCGCUCGUCCGCGGCGAGGGCCCCGGGACUGAGGCGGAACGGAGACAAGGGAGCCUUUUCCCGUUUGGCAAGCCAGGCGGGCCAGACAACGGAGGAACGACGUCUCGGAGAGGCAGGGGCUACCUGCUGGUUCUGGGAACUGCGAAUGUCGACGAAGGCUUGAGAGGAUACUUCACCAAAUACGACGCCAGUAGCGCUGACUUGAACCCCAUUGGCUCAAUCAGCAAAAUCGACCUGAAAAGCUUUCUGCGGUGGGCCGCGCAACCGGAGAACCUGGGACUUCCUGCGCUGCGGGCAGUGGUGGAUAUGCCACCAACAGCAGAGCUCCGGCCUGUAGAUGAAGGCAAGCAACAGACAGAUGAAGAGGAAAUGGGAAUGACCUACGAGGAACUCGGCUGGUUUGGCCGGCUCCGAAAGGCCUCGCGAUGCGGUCCCUUCUCGAUGCUGAAGCGUCUGCUAGAUGCAUGGCGGGACCGCUACAGUCCCUCUGUUAUCAAUCAGAAGGUGCAGUACUUCUUCCGGCAGUAUGCUCGGAACCGCCACAAAAUGUGCACGAUCACUCCCGCGUUGCACAUGGAGAGCUACAACCCUGACGACAACCGUUUCGAUCUCCGGCCGUUUUUGUAUCCGAAUUUCUCACGGCAGUUUUUGUCGAUGGACCGACUCGUGCUUAGUAUCGAGCACACUGCGCAAGACCAAGCCUUCACAACGAGUGCCACGAGGGCCUCCUUUUCGUCGUCUUGUUUCCCUUCUCCUAUGGCAUCAGAGCGGGGAGUUCCGCUCGCCUGCUCAUCCUCGUCAGACGGCCCGUUCAGCAGCGAUACAGGAAAAUAAGAAGCACUCUGCCUUGCCGUGGUGCAGGAAGGGAGUAGAAAGUGAGAGCGCCAAGGGGACGGAACA